ACGCCCAUGAUAAAACAGGUUAAGGUAAGUAGCUGGCUCGAGACAUCUUCAAUACCAGGAAAAUAUUUGCUCCCAAGACGAUCACACCCAUGAUAAAACAGGUCAAGGCAAGUAGCUGGCUCGAGACAUCUUCAAUAUCAGGAAAAUAUUUGCCCCCAAGACAUGAUAAACUUCUGAAUGUUAUCAAAGAGUAAGAAGAUCCUCCUCCUCUCACACACUCUCAGAAGGCAGCAGACCCACAACACUACCAGUCAGCCCAGUUUGCAGUUUCAAGGUUUCUGUGAGAAAGAAAAAAUGACCUCCCCGACUACUCUCUAUAAAAAACAACAUUACUCACACAUAAAGAAGGACUGCCUAGACAACAAGAAGCUGUUUGAGGACCCAGAGUUUCCUGUCACCAAUUCAUCUCUGUUCUACAAGAAUCCACCUCGUGGUCGUGUUGUGUGGAAGAGACCUAGGGACAUCAACGAUGAUCCUCACCUGUUUGUGGAGGGCAUCAGCUCCCAUGACCUGAACCAGGGAAAACUGGGUAACUGCUGGUUUGUGGCGCCCUGUUCCUGCUUGGCUCUGAAGCCAGACCUCUGGGAGAAGGUGAUUCCUGACUGGAAGGAGCAGGAGUGGGAUCCCAAACACCCAGAGCGCUAUGCUGGCAUCUUCCACUUCCAGUUCUGGGUGUUUGGUGAGUGGAUGGAUGUGGUGGUGGAUGACCGACUGCCCACCAUCAAUGGAGAACUCAUCUACUGCCACUCCAACGUCAAAAACGAGUUCUGGAGUGCCCUUCUGGAGAAGGCCUAUGCCAAACUGUCUGGCUGCUAUGAGUAUCUGAACGGAGGCAACCAUGCGGACGCCAUGGUGGACUUCAGCGGAGGCGUGGCGGAGAACUUCAAUCUGGAGAAAGAGGCGUUCCACAGCGACAAGGAGAAGCAGGAGAAACUGUUUGAGGACCUGCUGAAAGUCUACGACAGGGACGGGAUCAUCAGCUGCUCCAUACGGGUUGCGUAUCUUGAAAAUGAGAUGCGGAAGGCCUGCGGGCUGGUCCAGGGUCAUGCCUACGGAGUGACCGCAAUGAAGAAGGUGCAUUUGGAAAAAGAGGGGCAGGCCAUUCCCCUGAUACGCAUGAGAAACCCCUGGGGCAGGAGCGAGUGGAACGGAGCCUGGAGCGACAGCUCAGCAGAAUGGAAGAAUGUUGGAAGUGUGGAGAGAAACAAGCUCGGCAUCACUGUACAGGAUGAUGGGGAGUUUUGGAUGUCGUUCGCUGACUGGUGUAAGUACUUCACAUCCGCAGUUGUGUGUCAUAUCAUCAACACCUCACUGGACGGCAUCAACAAGACAUGGAACGAGGUGAUGCAUUUUGCUAGCUGGACCAAACAUGUGGAACCAUUGAAGAAUCGAUGUGGUGGCUGCAUAUACAACAAAAAUACCUUCCUGCAGAACCCACAGUACAAGUUGGACGUGACUGAGGACAUGGCUGAGGUCCGGAUCUCCUUGCAGCAGAGAGACAUGAAGAUGCACAGGAUGGUCAGUCAAGGAGAGAACCACAACAUCGGCUUUACCAUCCUCAAGGUGGAAAGCAACAGGAAACAUCGCAUACAUCACUUCACCCCCGAGGAAAAAGUGGACGGAUCACAGUUCAGCAGUUAUCGUACGAUGUUCAGGAGGUGCAUGCUGCCCAAGGGUUGUUACAUCAUCAUCCCCUCCACCUACAAGCCAGAGAAACUGGGAGACUUCAUGCUACGUGUUUUUACUGACACAGAGUCAGGAUGCAGAGAGCUGCAGGAGCCUGUUGUAAAGAAUUAGAACACUCAACAUCAAAGAACGUUUGGAACUGAAUUGUGUUCUAAACUGUAGAUGAUCAGCUGUCUGCUAAAGCCUAAUUUAUACCUGUGUCACCGACACUUUUGAAUUGGGCUUAAGUUCUCUCUUGCUUUCUAUGGGUAUACUAUGACAUUUCUGAGUCUCUUCAGGAUUCGCUUUGGAUUUUGCAUCAUUUCAAAAUUGUAUUGCCCCUAUAAUCAAAUCAUUGUUUUGUCAUGUUAUUAUUAGCUUUUAUUAUAUCCACUAUUUAGUCAUUCUGAUUGAACUUUUUGGGUGUCUGCUAAGUGUUCUCAAGAAUGAUUGCCUUUCUCACCCAAGUGAUGAUUGAUUUACUGUCAUUGUGUCAAAAACCUUUACUCAGUGGGUUCCUUGGGACACUAAGACUCCUCCUGAGGCUCUGCCUUAACAGACGUGAACACACGGUACAACUCCAUAUAGGGCCUGGGGUCUCCAUAAUCAGAGGGAUGACCAGAUGCCUGCGUCAUUCACUUGCGUCUCGUCACCUCUGAUCUUCCUGACAUGUGACCUGUGUGAAACUCCUCCCCCUUCUGACAGUAUGCAGAGUAGCUCAUCUCUGUAGUAAGGUUACGUCUUUGGUUUCCUCAUCACACGUAGGUGGAAGGAGUUUACAAAGCAGUGAUUCAUACUUUUUAACUGUUUUUUUGGGCUGUAAAUACUGUAAUGUUCUCAUUCCAUUACUGGUGCUUCUUAUUUCAAAACAUUAAAUGGAUGAACUGACAAAGACUACUGUUUCCGGCGACCAACAAUGCACUUUCAUGUUAUCUGGAUUAUGUUGUACACUGUUUAUGGUUAUCAUUUUUGCUUUUUUCAUAUCUGAUCAAAAGACAACGGUGUUUAGAAUAUCUACUAGGGAUGUAACGAUACCAAGCUCAUGUACUCGUACAAAUAAACCCGAUACCAAAGACCGA